CCUCCCGUUAUCGUCAUCUUCUUCACCUCCCCGAAUCCAAUUUCUAAACUCUCCUCAGAGAAGCAAAAGCUCCUGCUCCUUACGCAUAUUUUCGCUUCGUCUCAUUUCUCACCAACUUUCAAAAACUGGCUGUACUGUUUCCAUUUGUUUUGUCCCCUUGUUCGUUCUCUCGCUGAACCUAAUCAAUUCAACACCAUGGACGUCGCUGAAGUUCCAUGGCGUCGUCUUCCUCAAUUUCCCGUAUCUUCGCGCGCCUCGUGGCUGGUUUCCUCUGGGAUUCCUGUUUCUUCAUAUAUGUUCUCUCAUAUAGAGCGUGGAAAGAGGUUUAGGCUAACCUUGUGCUUUGGGGUCUCUCGUCUUCGCGCAAGGUCUGCUAUUAUGAGUGCACAACAAGAACAGCCAGCUAGUUUUCGUAAAGGAUUAUGCGAGGUUGUUUGGAUCGUGGAAGCUGAUCUGGCACCCAAUGAGCAUCUCUACGUUACUGGAGAUCCUUCCGCUUUAGGUAGCUGGGAGCCAAAUUGCGCGAUUUCAAUGUAUCCUACUGGAAAUGAUAAUGAAUGGGAAGCUAAAGUCAAGAUUGCUUCUGGUGUAAAUUUCAGGUAUAAUUAUUUUCUUAAAGCUGGAUACGGAUCUUCAUUUGAUGUCAUCUGGAGACCAGGGCCCCAAUUUUCGCUAUCAGUUCCUUCUUCUGUUAAUCGCGAAAGAAAAGUAAUCAUAAGGGAUUCGUGGAUGAGUGUUUCAUCUGAAUCACAAGAAUCCUAUGUAUGGGGUUCUUGGAUCAAUGAUGCUUACCUUUUACCAAAUCAUGUUACGUCAGCUCAAAGCGAAGAUGAAUGCACUUCCGCAGAUAGUGCUAUAGAAGUCCCAAGACCACUAUUGAGUGAUAAACAUAUAGAAGAUGAAUCUUUCUUCUGUGAUGAGCUUGCAACCUUUUCGUCAGAGAACUCAAACUUUAGUGCGUUAUUUUCUGACAAUUAUCAGCCUAUUGAGGAACCGUGGUUUCUUCAGGAAUCUAUUACCUUGCAACAUGCAAGGAAUAUGCAGACUGAUAGCGAACAAGCUGUUGAAAGCUGUGACGACAUUGAAAACAACUUAGACACUGAUGAACAAAAUCACCAGCUGACAGAGACUCUCUUACCUGAUGAUGAAGUUUUUCAACCAGAAUCCAUCUCUACUACGAUACUGAUCAACUCUUCUGUAUGUACCGUGCAAAGGAUUGCUGUAUUGGAAGGUGAAAAGCUGGUUGAGUUAUUGUUGGAACCAGUUAAGACCAACGUGCAGUGUGAUAGUGUUUACCUGGGCGUAGUCACUAAGUUUGUGCCCCAUAUGGGUGGUGCAUUUGUGAAUAUAGGUAGUGCUAGACAUUCUUUCAUGGACAUUAAGCCAAACAGGGAACCAUUCAUAUUCCCUCCAUUCUGUGAUGGAUCAAAGAAGCAAGCAGCUGAUGGUUCUCAGUUCCUCUCCACAGUCGACAUUCCAGCUUCUCAUGGAAUCGAACAUGCCUCCUAUGACUUUGAAGCCAGUAGUUUGUUAGACAUUGAUUCAAAUGACCCUGGGGAAUCUUUCCAUGAUGAUGACGAUGAUCAUGAAAAUGAUGAAUAUCAUGUCUCUGAUGCUCUAGCUGGACUAGUUAAUGGAACUGUAGUGAACCAUGGCGAAGUGGACGGUGGUUCUGAAAAAUGCAAUCAAGGAGAUGAGCGACAUCUUGAAGUUGGAUCUGAGAAUGGCUUUGUUCCUCUGGAGAGAGAACCCUCUGCAGAUUAUCUCGUUUCUAAUGCAUCAGUUGCAAAAACUUCUAGGGAUAACAAGUGGAUUCAAGUUCGGAAAGGCACCAAGAUAAUUGUGCAAGUUGUUAAAGAGGGCCUUGGUACGAAAGGUCCAACUCUUACUGCUUACCCGAAACUGAGAAGCAGAUUCUGGGUAUUAAUGACUCGUUGCAAACGAAUUGGAGUGUCGAAAAAAAUUUCGGGAGUUGAGAGAACCCGGUUAAAGGUUAUAGCAAAAACAUUGCAGCCUCAAGGUUUUGGCCUGACAGUAAGGACUGUAGCCGCUGGCCAUUCUCUAGAAGAACUGCAGAAAGACUUACAAGGUCUGCUUUUGACCUGGAAGAACAUUACAGAAGAAGCAAAAUCUGCGUCCCUUGCUGCAGAUGAAGGUGUGGAAGGAGCCAUUCCAGCGUUGCUACAUAGAGCAAUGGGUCAAACACUUUCAGUUGUACAGGACUAUUUCAAUGACAAGGUUGAGAAUAUGGUGGUUGACUCUCCCAGGACAUACCAUGAGGUCACAAGCUACUUGCAGGAUAUGGCACCUGAUCUUUGUGCUCGAGUGGAAUUGCAUGAUAAGGGUAUCCCUCUUUUUGAUUUAUACAACAUUGAGGAGGAAAUAGAAGGAAUUCUGAGUAAAAGAGUUCCACUUCUCAAUGGAGGUUCUUUAGUGAUUGAACAAACUGAGGCGUUGGUCUCUAUUGAUGUGAACGGAGGACAUGGAAUGUUUGGUCAGGGUAAUUCACAGGAGAAAGCUAUUUUGGAAGUUAACCUUUCUGCUGCCAGACAAAUUGCAAGGGAGAUUCGGCUGAGAGAUAUAGGGGGUAUCAUUGUGGUAGAUUUCAUCGACAUGGCAGAUGAAUCUAACAAGAGACUCGUUUAUGAAGAGGUUAAGAAAGCAGUGGAAAAAGAUAGGUCACUGGUUAAAGUCUCAGAGCUAUCUAGACACGGACUCAUGGAAAUAACAAGAAAAAGGGUUCGACCUAGUGUAACAUUCAUGAUCAGUGAACCGUGUUCUUGCUGUCACGCAACUGGUAGAGUUGAGGCGCUAGAGACUUCCUUUUCAAAAAUCGAACAAGAGAUUUGUCGGCAGCUAGCAAAGAUGGAGAAAAGAGGAGACCUGGAAAACCCCAAGUCUUGGCCAAGAUUCAUAUUGCGUGUGGACAGUCAUAUGUCCAGCUUUUUGACUACAGGGAAGAGGACUCGGCUUGCAAUCCUCAGUAGUUCCCUGAAAGUAUGGAUUCUCUUAAAGGUUGCUAGACAUUUCACCAGAGGAACCUUUGAGGUUAAACCGUUCAUGGAUGAAAAGACGGUAAACGAAAGACAACAUCAAGUUGCCAUUUCACUGCUCAAGAAAGCUGACGCCAUAGCAGACUCUUCAGGCAAGAAGAAGCUUACUCUUAUUCCGGUUAAGAAGGAGAAGACCGGUGGUAAACAAAGACGAUGAAGCUUUGGCAUCACUUUUGCUAGUUUAGUGGUCUCAAAUGAUACAGUUCUUCAUUGUACCGAAUCGAUUUUGUGUAUCAAUAUUAAUUCCUUUU